AUGUUGCAAGAAGGAGUGACGCCCGACAACUUGCUGCUCAACCACAGCGACAAAGAUGCGGUCCUGAACCAUCAGCCCUGGGUCAUUGAUCACUCACGCUUCGACGACAUCCAAUUCUCUCAACGCCAUGGCUUAGCCUUACCUCCUGACUGCAGCAGAGAGUUCAAUUCCGCGCCUUACGGUCAAGGAAACAUGGUGAAACGCUACUACGACGAGAUUCAUCUUCUGGCCAGCGAGCCCGUCGAAGUCGCAUAUGCCUUCCGCACGCUCGUCUCCGUGUGGCUCGGCAGUAGUGCGGCACGCUAUGCAACCUUUCGACGUAUCAUACGGAAGGCAGGCUGGUGCCAGCGUGAUGAACACGAGAGGCUACGCAACUUCAUCGUCGAUGUCUUUCGAGGUCCAGAUGCGCCGUUGGUCGGGCUGCGUGAUGAGGUCGAUUUUUACCUUACAACACGGUAUCCUCGAUUCUUUGCGGCCACAGUGGAGGAGGAGGGCAUUCCGUAUGAUCUUUUUGAUGUUGAUUGA